AAUAAAAAAAGAACUUACCAAAAAAAUUGAAAACAUACGUAGAGAGAGCCGUCAUUACAAACCCUAGAAACAAUGAGAGCAACCUUAUUUCCCGCCACAUAUUCCCCCUGUCGAUGUGUAUGAAGAUGUCGGAGCAUCCAUUCCACGCCCUCUUUCAAACUUUUGCAAAAGUCUCCAAUUCGAUUCAAACCCAACUCUCGAAUCUCAUCGCCCACUCUCACGAGCCAUCACCCACCGCCCAAAAACGCCUCCUCUCUUCCUCCUCCAAAGUGGCAGGCUCAUCAGACAAUGGCUCCGCCCAAUCCCAGCCUAAAGAUAUCCUCAGCACGAAAAUGGGAAAAUCGGUUUCUCCUUUGACUAAAGAAGAACUCGGAAGAUCCACUUGGACGUUUCUUCACACUCUUGCUGCUCAGUAUCCAGAUAAACCGACAAGGCAACAGAAGAAGGAUGUAAAGGAACUGAUGUCGAUAUUAUCACGGAUGUACCCCUGCAAGGAAUGUGCAGAUCACUUUCAAGAAAUUCUGAGAUCAAAUCCUGUACAGGCUGGAUCGCAUGCUGAGUUCUCCCAGUGGCUGUGUCAUGUGCAUAAUACAGUUAAUAGAAGCCUUAACAAACCGGUGUUCCCCUGUGAACGCGUUGAUGCACGCUGGGGCAAGUUAGAGUGUGAACAGCGUGCUUGCGAUCUACUAGGAAUUACCGGAGAUUUUGGCGACAAUGCAUUUUAAGUACUUUGUGGACUAGGGUUGAAUGAUUAGAGUGGAUGGUAUUAUUGCACAAAUCACUGAUUGUAAUCAACUUCCAUAUAAGGAAUUUCAUGAGUUGCAGAUAAAAUUCAUAUUUACAGGACCAUUUACAUCUUUUAAA